AAUCUCGCCCCAAGACGACGGCGAGAUAUUGAUUCGGGCACCGGGAAGUGUUGCGGCUGCGCAGAAGCCAUAGUCAGGGACGACCAGAAAUGCGAAUAUCGGCAGGGAGGGCCUGGCUGCUGGCCGCCCUUUGUCUAGGAACUGCCAAUAGCGACGCCGUUGAGUUUCAGGAAAUGACAUUCACGGGAAGCGACCCGGCAAACCCGCAAAAAGCCAUCUUCAGUCUCACGGAUGAAACGGCAGUGAUGAGCAAGAAUUUUAGCUGGCUGUCGCCGGGAAUCCGCGUCAACGAGAUCAGGCUGUUCUACAUCGACGACAACAACCUCGAGAAGCAGAUUGGCAACGGCACCGCCAAUGCCGCCGCCGCCAGCCAGGCCAUCGGGAGCGGGAACGCAGGAGGCCUUGGUACUGCCAGCGCCGCCGGCACUGGUGCUACCCCCGAGAGGCGGCAAUUCACCGGCACCGUUAACGGGAUACCGCUUACAGUCGACUCGACGGAAAACGGCGGCGUCGUCUUCUUCACCAAUCAGACAAACGUCCUUGCGAUACAGUCGGUCGCCCUGUACUUUGAGGCCGUGUGGCCCAAUGGCGACGGCAAGAGCUACAGCAGGGCCUUCACGUUUGUCGACGUGGCCAGACUGGACCUCCUAACUAAAGCCCAGCAAAACCCCAUCUUGGCCGACCCGAACCCGCGCCACACCGAGGUCAACACGACUCUGACCACUGGCAUCGCGCCCAUUGCCGGAACAACGACGGGAACAUUCAGCACCACCACGUCCACGUCCACGUCCUCCACCACCGCCGUCGCGGUGCCGGAAGCCGACAAGCCGGCCGGUGGGUCCGCCGGCGGCCUCUCCAUCGGCGCCAUCGUCGGCAUUGCCGUGGGCGCGGGCGUCGCGGGACUGGCGGUCAUCGCCGGCAUCAUCCUACUCAUUAUGCGGCGGCGGCGGCGGCAGCAGUCGCGGCUAGCGCUGGGCGGCGCCGCGGACCCGUACGGCACCGACCGCCACCACCGGCCCGAGAACCUGAUCAUGGCCGAGAAGGAGGAGGCCAGCGCCGGCGUCGACGUCGACGGCUCACCGCAUUCGCCCUACUCGGACGACGGCGUCGCUGUUGCUGUAGGUGGUGGUGUCACAGGUACAGGUACCCCCUACCACGAGGCCUCGUUACAUCAAACGCACCCCACCACUAUCAUCCCGCCUGUCGUCGCCGCCCCCAGUGCAACUCCUGUCGCACCAGUCGUAGUACACCGCCGCCACCCAGCAGCUCAGCUGCAGCAACAACUCCUGCUUCAACAGCAACACCAACAGCAGCAACACCAACAGCAGCAACACCAACAACAGCAUCCAUCCUCACCAAUACCUCCCGAACAGUCGUCGCGGUCCUACACGCCGUACUCGGACCGGCCGACCGCCUCGCGGCUAGGAUCAUCAAGCCCGCAAACAGCAACAGCAGUAACAACAACCGUGGCCGAUGAGACGAUGACGACGACGACGACGCGCAGCGCCAUGGCUAGCCCCGUGCCGCCGGGCCGCGUCACGCCGCAUGGUGUCUCAGCGCAGUACGCCCACCUCGUUGAGGAGGGCAUGACCGAGGACGAGCUGUACCGACUCGAGGAGGAGGAGCGGCAGCUUGAUGCAGCUAUUGAGCAGUCGUCGUCGGGCAGAGGGGCCGGAGGGGCGGCGUUGCAUGACCACACCGCAGGGGGGAGGUUUUGAGGCUGUUUUUAUUGUUCAUAGUCCUAUAUUUGUGUGUUUUUAAGGAAGGGGGUUAUUCUUAUUCUCUUUCAUAUUGGAAAAUAUAUCUCUUUUAUUUCGUGUUACGUUGCCCAUAGCUAUUUUUACGUCUUAUACCUCUCAGCGGUAUGUAUGUA